AUGGCUUCCUCCAGCCCAAAAGUGCUUUUGCAGCUUCUGCUUGUCUGUAUGAUCUUCUUCUCAACAACUAAGGCUCUCAACAAUUCUUCUUCUUCAUCAUCAACAACUAAUACUCUCAAUCCCCAUUUGUCUUCCAUUAAGUCCUUCUGCAAGUCCACACCUUACCCUGAUGUCUGCUUCGACUCACUGAAGCUCUCAAUCUCCAUCAACAUCUCCCCCAACAUCCUCACUUACCUCCUCCAAUCCCUCCAAAUCGCGCUAUCUGAAGCCACAAAGCUCUCCGAUCUCUUCUACAAGGCGGGACUAUACUCGAACAUAGUUGAGAAACAAAAGGGAGCAAUCCAGGACUGCAAAGACCUCCAUCAGAUCACACUUUCUUCCAUACGGCGAUCAGUUUCUGGAGUGAAGUCAUCGAACAGCAAGAAACUAAGGGAUGCAAAAGCCUAUCUCAGUGCUGCCCUCACAAACAAGAACACUUGCUUGGAAGGCUUGGAUUCUGCUUCUGGUCCAAUGAAGCCAACCCUGGUCAGUUCCUUAACUAGUACAUACAAGUAUGUUAGCAACUCUCUUUCUGCUCUCAAGAGUCAAGUGCCUAGUCCAAAAGGCCGUAAAAACCGGCGUCUGUUGGGAGUUCCUGCAUGGAUUUCUAGGAGAGAUCGCCGGAUUUUGGAGAGCUCCGGUGACGAAUAUGACCCGAGUGAAGUGUUGACAGUAUCUGCUGACGGUAGUGGGAACUUCACCACCAUCAGUGAUGCUGUUAAUUUUGCUCCAAAUAAUAGUUUUGACAGGAUUAUUAUCUAUGUCAAAAAAGGGUUUUAUGAUGAAAAUGUGGAAAUCCCAAGCUGGAAGACGAACAUUGUUCUUCUUGGAGAUGGAAGUGACAUCACUGUCAUCAGUGGCAUCAGAAGUGUCGCUGAUGGUUGGACCACUUUCAGAUCUGCAACACUAGCUGUAUCCGGGGAAGGCUUUCUGGCAAGAGACAUAGGCAUUGAAAACAGAGCAGGACCAGAGAAGCACCAAGCAGUUGCAUUGAGAGUAAAUGCAGACCUUGCUGCAUUGUACAAGUGUGCCUUCAGCGGUUACCAAGACACGAUGUACGUGCACUCUUUCAGACAGUUUUACAGAGAGUGUGACAUCUCAGGGACCAUCGACUACAUAUUUGGUAACGCCGCUGUUGUAAUCCAAGACUGCAACAUUGUAUCCAAGAUGCCAAUGCCGGGACAGUUCACCGUUAUCACAGCACAAGCCAGGGACAGCGAAGAGGAGGAUACCGGAAUCUCAAUACAGAAUUGUUCAGUCGUGGCUGCUGAUGACUUGUACGCCAACAAAGGCAGUGUCAAAAGUUACUUAGGCCGGCCGUGGAGGGUGUACUCUAGGACAGUUUUCCUAGAGUCCUACAUUGAUGACUUCAUUGACCCGAGUGGGUGGAAAGAUUGGUCUGGGGAUCUAGGCUUAGACACUUUGUACUAUGGAGAGUAUGAAAAUUAUGGACCUGGUUCAGGGACGGAUAGUAGAGUAAACUGGACAGGGUAUCAUAUUAUGGACUACUAUGAUGCCUCAAAUUUCUCAGUAUCAGAGUUCAUUGUAGGUGAUGAAUGGCUGCAGUACACUUCAUUCCCUUAUGAUGAUGGCAUCUGAUCUACUGAAGUGUUAGUAAUGUUCUUGUUUCAAAGAAAUGAAGAAUUCCCUUCCUCUUUGCAUCUCUUUCGCAUCGUAUUUCCCACUCUGUUGUGUGUGGCUGGCCUGAAUUGUUAAGGCAGAGUAGGCUACUCUGCCUUAGCCACCCU